AUGAUGGGAGAUCAGUUUCGAAAGGUUGAACAAUAUUCUCCGAAAUCGUCACCACGAGGGGCUCGGUCCCCUGUUGUAUCUCGACAAGAUUCUUCAGGAACGUUAAAAACAACGAUUUUGCUUGGAAAGAAUCCAUCCAUAGUCCCCAGUGGACCUUUCUAUUUAAUGAAAGAACCGCCUGGAGAAUCGGAUUUAACAGGAGCGACGAAUUUGAUGACAUAUUAUGGCCUAGAACAUUCCUAUAGUAAAUUCAGCGGAAAGAAAUUGAAAGAACAGUUAUCUUCCUUUUUGCCAACGUUACCCGGGGUUAUAGAUGCACCGGGACAACAAGACAAUAGCUCCCUAAGAUCAGUAAUCGAGAAACCCCCGGUCGGUGGAAAGGAACUACUACCACUGUCAAAUAUCCAAUUGGACGGUUUUCGUUUACACCCUGGCCCUCUACCCGAACAGUAUCGUUACGCGAACGCCACGCCGAUAAAGAAACACAAGAACAAACACAAAAAGCACAAGCACAAAGAGAGCGGCUUGCCCAGCCAGGAGACGGCCAUAUCGGAUACGAGCAGCGAAACGCACGAGAAGAAGCACAAGAAACAGAAGCGGCACGACGAGGAGAAGAGGAAAAGGAAGAAAGAGAAGAAGCGGAAGAAGCAGAAACACAGCCCGGAGCACAGCUCGGGCAUGACGCCCGGUCAGCAUUCUAUGUAA